UAAGAUCGUUCCUCCACGUCCGCGUAUAUUUAAGGGCCUUUGCUCUUUUCAUUCUUGCACACCCCUCACUCUCCUCCUACAUCACUCAAGUAGGAUCAACCAGAAACUCAUCCAUCCAAAUCAACCAAACCCAAUCGCCCAUCCUGGCUGCUAUGCGUGCAACGAUCAAACUCUAUGAAGACCCAGCCACGUUUUCGUCAGACGAUAUUUGGGAAUCUCGGGCAGAUAAGGCUAGAUUUAGGGUAUACGCAGUUGCGGGCACGUUGUCGUUGCUAGCAGCUUCCACUUUUGUUGCUUGCAAGUAUACAUCGUUAGGAAAGACUAUGUCAGAGAGUACUUUCCGUUGGUCCUCGUGAGGUCUAGCGACACGAGGCGGAUCAUGAUCGCCUAGACUAUGCCAUUUUUCGAAUGAAGGAACCACCCCCUGAAGUUGUAAUGAUUUAUCCCCAACGAUCUUGUAUCUUUUCUGGAAACUACCCUCUUAAUCGCUUGUUGUACUGGCGCUCUUCACCUUCGUCUUCUUGGUCCUUACCUACAUCUCCAUCGUCCAUUUUUCAUUCUCGCG